UCUAACGUUUCAAUCUACAGAAAACAAGAUGCAGUACACCAUAAUCUUCGCCCUGCUCUGCUGCACAAUCGGAGCUACUUUGGCCCUUCCGAUGCCCGAUGAUAUGACAAUGAAGCCCACUCCACCACCAUCUUACCCGCUAAAUCUUGAGGGACAAGGAGGUGGCCAGAGAGGUGAUGGGUUCGGCUUUCGUGUGAAGGGUCAUGAGAAUAUCUGGACCAGCGACAACAAACGCCACGAGGUGGGUCUGACUGGAGAAUAUGGCCAGCGAUUGGGAGGACCAUAUGGAAACUCAGAUCCCAGCUGGAAAUUCGGAACUACCUACACCUACAGAUUCCCGAAUUUCUAAGCGUCAUAUUCACUUUUUGCAUAAUAAUUUACCAAAUUUAAUCACAUGUACAAGUAUACCUGUCCGCAGUUUGCUUAUCUAGAUGGAAGUUUUUGUCAGGUAUUUUAAAAUUUUAACUUUUGUAUAUUCAGAAUAUUGCGAAAUAUAUUGCCAAAUAUAAGCAUGUGCAAACCUGA